AUGUGUUCUACAUCUGAUAAUCAAGGAGGCCGAACAAUCGACGACAAAUUUAGAGAAAGUCUUCUGCGAUCUCUUAACGGACUGAGGCAAGCUUGCAUUCUUUGUGACGUUCUCAUUCGUGUUGACAAAACGUUGGAGUUUCCUGCUCACCGUUGUGUUUUGGCCGUAGGCAGCGUUUAUUUUCAAGCUUUGUUCUCGGAUGAUUUUCGUGAGAGAAAGAGCGGCGUGGUGGAGCUGGAAGGUAUAUAUGGCAUGGAAAAAGUCCUUGAAUUUCUCUAUACGGGUGAGGUGGAGAUAAAUGAAUCCAAUGCUCAAGAUUUAGUCAUGGCUGCCGAUUACCUGAAUAUUCCAGCCUUAAAAUUGCAUGCUGCUGUUGCGUUAGAAAAGUUCAUCAACAUCUCAAAUUGUCUCUCCCUACAGAGGUUUUCCACUAAGUUCGACUGUGCUCUGUUGAAAGACUCGUGCACUUUCUUCACAAAUCAAAACUAUUCUAUGGUAACAAAAUUGGAAGCGUUCAAAGAAUUGAUUUUCGAGGCGCUCAUUAGGUUACUCAAGAGUGACGAGCUUAAUGUUCACAACGAAAGCGAAGUGCUCUGUUCUGCGCUCUCCUGGAUAAGGUACGAUCUUCAGUCGAGGGAGAAACUGCUUCUUGAAGUCCUAAAACAUGUUCGGUUUCCGCUUAUCCGCAAGGAUUAUUUGAUCAACAUUGUUAAGAGUGAUGUGUUGCUUCGAAGUAACGCAGUCGAAGUGAACGUUUUACUGAAAACAAUCAAACAAACUUCCUCGGCGUCAGAGAAAUUUCGAGAGCUGCAUGUGCCAAGAACUGGACCUCUCGAGACAAUGGUAGCAUUGACAGGGGAAAGAUCAGUGUCGAAGUAUGGCUCAAACAACAGUGUUUUGGCGUACAUACCGUUGCGUGACUCAUGGGUAACGCUAUCUAGUCUUCACAUUCCGCGACACGGUCACAGUGCUGCUGUCUGCCAAGGUUCUUUAUACUUAGUGGGAGGAGUAUGUAGAAAUGUCUCAGCUCAUUCCCACGUGUGUCGAUUUAGCCCUCUCAGGAAUAAAUGGUACUGCGAUGUAGCGGAUCUUCCUCACCCAGUUUCCUUUGCUGCCGUUGUGUCAUUAGAUGAGAAGUUGUUUGUUAUUGGCGGCAAAGACUGCUGCAAUACGGCACUUCGUAGAACACAAUGUUACAACCGAGAGCGCAAUCAAUGGCAUUUUGUUGCAGACUUGAACUUACCACGUGACAGCCAUUGUGCAACAGUAUUAAAUGAUUCUAUCUACGUCAUCAGCGGAGACAAAGAGAAUUUUAAAAGCUGCGAAAGAUACGACUCGACGAUUAUGAGAUGGAACCUUCUCCCGGACAUGACCAUGUCACGCCAACAACCUGCAGUUCAUGCACUUCGCGGGAAAGUCUUGGUAGUUGGCGGUUAUGCUGGUUCAAAUUAUAGCAUGCACACAACUUGCGAGAUCUUUGACCCUAAGAAGUUCCAGUGGAGCUUGGUACCUGGACUUGGUGUACCACGUGCGGGAUGUGGAAUCACGUGCGUGGCAGAUCACGUGUAUGUGUUUGGCGGGUCGAAUGGCCGAUCUAUCUUAAACACGUUAGACAGUGUUGAGUGUUACAACGAAGAAGACAAGGAGUGGAGAAAAAUCUCGGUUAUACCAGAGACUAUUGUCGCCCCCCAAGUGGCUGUUUUUAGGAUGCCUAGAAAAUAUCUAACAUGA